AUGCUUGUUGUUCGACUUGCAGCCGCCGUGGCACAUCAGGCGUCUUGCAUGCGUAGUCAGUCGUGGAGCAUGAUGCAGCCCGAUUGUCGCUCCCCUUUCCUGCCUGUCUGGCUGCUGCGGCCCUCAAGCAAGAUCCACAGCGUUUGGACGCAUGUCAGGAAGCCCCUGACAAGUGAUCACAUACAGAAUCAAGCCUUCCUUGUAGUUUCAUCUUGCAAGCUGCCAAAGAGCUCUGGAUCAGCCAAUGCGUGGGAGUGCUUCGAAAGGGGCGGAGCGCGUAGCAAGAACCCGACAUCGAGAUGA